GACAGUCGUCGGUGACGUCAUAGGCAUGUGACGCUGGAGGGACUGAAGGAGAGACGGAGGACUUCAAACGUACCGGUUUUCUUCUUUUCUUUGAAACCGUGGGACCGUGCGACGGCUGACGUCACGCAUGUGCGUUCCGGUGUCGUGUUCGUUCAUUCAGAGGUCACGUGGUCAGCAUGCUCAGCGUUGGGUGUUUGGUUCGGUCCAGAGUCCUGCUGCGGCUCCGUGGACCGGCAGCAGCUGCAGGAGGACUCGUCAGGUGGACCGGACCCGCUCCCGUCUCCGCACCCGAGGUACCUGUGAGGAGCGUGUCCGGUGUGGGCGGGGCCAGCGGCGCAGGUGGAUGGUACGGCAGCGUGUUGGACUCCGCGCCGGUUCACCUGUGCGAACACUUCCUGGUUGGGGUCCAGCAGGUGAGCGGGCUGCCGUGGUGGCAGAGUAUCGUCAUGGCAACGAUUUUAGCCAGACCCUUCAUCACCCUGCCGCUGGCAGCCUACCAGCUCCUCAUCCUCAGCAAGGUGCAGGCGCUGCAGAAGGAGAUCUCUGAGGUCGCCAAGAAGCUUCACUACGAGGUGACGGUCCGAGCCAGAGAGAGAGGCUGGACGGAAAAACAGUGUCGGGUCCAUUUCAAGAAGACCCUCCGGCAUCUGGUCUCUCAGCUCUACAUCCGGGACAACUGCCACCCGUUCAAAGCCACGCUUCUGAUCUGGGUCCAGCUGCCCCUCUGGGUCAGUUUGUCUCUGGCCCUCCGGAAAAUGAGCCUGGAUUGUUCAGCCCUGCAUGGCGAGCUGGCAGCAGGGGGCGCUCUGUGGUUCCCGGACCUCACUGUGCCGGACUCCACCUGGGUCCUGCCUGUCUGCCUGGGCCUCACCAACCUGGUCAACGUGGAGAUGUUUUCUCUGCGGCGGUCGCCAGCUUCAAGUUUCCAGCGCCUGGUUCUGUACGUGUUCAGAGGCUUCUCGGUUCUGUUAGUCCCCAUCGCUGCCACCAUCCCGUCUUCCAUGGCUCUGUACUGGUUCUGCUCCAGUCUGGUCGGGUUCGGUCAGAACCUCCUCCUCCGCUCGCCAAAGUUCCACAGAAUCCUCCGACUGCCGACCCGGAGGUCCGAUUCCCCGAACUGAGACUUGGUGUCCGCCUUCAUCGUCAAGUACUUAAAGUACUGCAAGUAGAUACCACAGAGUACUACAGAGACUAUCAGAGUACUACAGAGAC